AUGACACCGCUUUUGGAGAUUAGCAAACUUGCACUUCCGGUCGAAAAACUUCCAGAAUCAAGCGUUGCAGUGCUCAACGAUGAUUCCGGUCGUGUGUUGGCUCGUGAGACAAUUGUCAAAUUUGGAAAUUCCCAAGCCUAUCUUGUUCUUCAGGAUCUGCACAGCUCAAUCGCUAACAAGGAUCUUCUCGUCAAAAAUGAAGAUCUGCUUCAUUUGAAAUUGGUUAAAAUCGAGACGCAAAAAGAAAACCGUCGACUUUUACCACUUGCUCAGCAAUUCCAUUCGUUGCCCGAUGCUCGUCCAGCUCAUUGCCAUCUUUCUGAUUUGCUUGCCGAGCAUUCCCUCGGAAGAUUCAAUUUAGAACUUAAGAAGAACGUCACCAUUGAUUCCUUCUUGCUUGACGAUUCCUGGAGAGAUGAUGCAGGAUUCAUCGUUACCGAUCGUAACGUCUUCUAUCACUACACAUUUAACACAGCUUCUCUUUUAAAGUCGCUUAUUCCGUCGUCAGAAAAAAUUGUCGCCUACACAAAAGCCGACUUUGAAGCUGUUGCCGAUUUCGACAAUUCCGUUUGUGGAUUUUCGCGCGAUGCUUUUCUCGAGGUUUUGCUCGCUAAUAAGAACGUACUGAUCGCUAAAAGCACCGAUUCGGUUAACGGAAUGAUUGCCGGAAGUGGAGAACAAGUCAAUCUUAUUUACGCGGAAACCAUCGAAAUUGCUCACGCUCUUCUUAAAGCGUACAUUCAGAAAAACAACCUUAAGAAUGUGAAGCUAUUUGCUCCAACAGGAGUUUGGGAAGCAAAACCAUUAGAGGCUCGUCAAGUGUAUCGUAGACACACUCGCGCGGUUCCUUCUUCACUGAAAUGGCCAAAGAUCUACGCGUUGAAUAUGGGUUCCCACAUAGUCUAA